AUGCUUCGACGUACAUUACAACUUGGUAUAUCAUUAUUACAUGGUGGUAAUCGAGAAGUUCAAAAACGAAUGUUAAAUUAUUUAAAAGAAAUAAAAGAUGUUGGAUGUUUUACUUUAUUAGCAACAUUAAUGGCGAAUUGUAGUGUACUUGAUCUUGAUACAUUUGAACGUUGUAUUAAAGCUGAAGUACUUAAUAUGUGUUGUUCGGAAGGCAUAGCUGGAGAAAACAAUUUACAUGAUGCUGAUUUUAUAAUAUCAUUAUUUCGUUUUUGUCAACUUUUAUGUGAAGGAUAUCAUCUUGAAUUUCAAAAUUAUCUUCGUUUACGAGCUGGAAGCAGUACAAAUGUCAAUAUUAUUAUUUGUACUGUUGAUUAUUUACGUAGUUUACAAGAAUUAUUAAUGUAUUUUUAUUGGCAUUAUUCAGACAAAGAAACGGUUGAUGCACAUAGAAAAGAGUAUCUUUGUCGAGCUAUUAAUGUUGCUAAACAAGUUUUUAAUACAUUAACGGAAUAUAUUCAGGGUCCAUGUCCACAAGAUCAAUUAGCAUUAGCAAAUAGUCGUUUAUGCGAUGCAAUUGCUGAAUUUCUCUAUAUUUCUGCAUGUAUGCAAAGAAAAUUAUUUCAAGAUCCAACACAAAUUGAAUUAUUACGUGAAUUUAUGAAAUUACUAAAAGAAAUGUUCUCAAUGGACCAAAUAAAAGAUUGA